AUGUCUUUCCUUAACAACAUCAGGUCGACCAUCGAAAAUGGUAUUGAGAAACUUGAAGACGCCUUUGAGGGCCAGACCCAAUCAUAUACGCAUCGCGACAACCGAUUCCACAGUUUUGCUCCCCCGCGUACGGGAAACGAUGCAAAAUGGUUUGUCGACGGAUGUGGGUACAUGUGGGCGGUAUCUGUGGCUAUCGAAGAGGCUAGAGAAAGUAUUUGGAUCUUAGAUUGGUGGCUGAGCCCGGAACUCUACUUAAGGAGACCUCCUUCGGCAAACGAGAACUACCGCCUUGACCGUAUGCUUCUGGCUGCUGCCGAAAGGGGGGUGAAAGUAAACGUUAUUGUUUACAAGGAGGUUUCCCAAAUCCUUACCCUGUGCUCCGAGCACACCAAGAAAGCCCUGGAGCUUCACCCCAACAUUUCCGUCUUUCGCCAUCCAGAUCAUGCCCCCAGUAGUCAAAGCCUACAAUCCCAACUCGUAUCGGGAAUCAAGGACUUCUCAUUCAAAACGUUAGAUCUCGCUUCCCUCCCUUGUGACGGACUCAAAGCAAUUUACGGUGCAAGAGAUGAUAUCAUUCUCUAUUGGGCCCACCAUGAGAAGCUCUGCCUCAUUGAUGGCAAGAUUGCAUUUAUGGGAGGACUCGAUCUCUGCUUCGGGCGCUGGGAUACGAACGCCCAUCCAUUUGCAGAUGCCCACCCGACUGAUGUGGACCAGGCAUUAUUUCCAGGACAGGACUUCAAUAACGCUCGAGUAUAUGACUUUGAGGAUGUGACGCAUUAUAUGAACAAUAAGCUCGAUCGAACGAAGAAUUCAAGGAUGGGUUGGUCCGAUGUUUCUUUGUGCCUGCGAGGCCCUGUCGUUGAUGAUCUACGAGCACACUUUGUUCAGAGAUGGAACUACAUAUUCAAGGAGAAAUAUGACUUGAAGGGUGACAAAUAUACAGCUCUGUCUCUCACUCCUUCUGAGACAACUAGCGGCUAUUACAAGGAGGACGGGUCAAACGUUCAGGCUGGAAUUGAUGGGAAUUCUUUUCAUCUUCCUAGCAGAACAGGAAGUCUUUACGAUACCAUUCAUGAUGGCAUCACGAGCAAUAUCCCGCACUUCUCUCGGCACAACACACACUUGAAACCACCCUCAGGAGUCUCUGUACAGUUGGUGAGAAGCUGCACGCAAUGGAGUAACGGUGUUCCCCUUGAACACUCCAUUGCGAAUGCAUACAUUGAGGUCAUUCGGAAUAGUAAGCAUUUUGUCUAUAUCGAAAACCAAUUCUUUAUCACAUCCACCGGUGACAAGCAACGCCCGGUCAAAAACAAGAUAGGGGCAGCUCUCGUUGAGCGUAUUGUCCGUGCUCAUCAAGCCGGCGAGAAGUAUAAAGUUAUUGUCUGCAUGCCCUCAGUACCAGCAUUUGCAGGUGAUUUGCAUGCAGAAGACAGUUUAGGAACCCGUGCAAUCAUGGAAUAUCAAUACCAUAGCAUCUGUCGUGGGGGAUACAGCAUAAUGGAAGAGGUCCAGAAAGCUGGUGUUCCCGACGCAAAGCAAUACAUACGAUUUUAUAAUCUGAGGAAUUACGACCGGAUUAAUGCUGGUAAGGAUAUGUCUAACGUUGAGCAGGCUAGUGGUAUUGCCUUUGAAGAUGCUCGGAAAGAACAUGAUGAUAUCGUUGGCGCCGGUUACGAUGGUAAGGGGGAAGAAACGGGUGCCUUGCCUGGCCAGCCCAAUCCAGAAUACGACAGUUACCAGCAAGCGGCAUCACAAGUAGAGAAUACCAAGUAUGACAGUGUGUGCGAGUGUUAUAUGGACGGCGGCCCUUCUCUAAAAGAUAUCCCGUGGUCUGGGAGCGAGGAGGCUGAAAUGGAUGCUUUUGUUAGUGAAGAGCUUUAUAUUCAUUCGAAGGUACUCAUAGCCGAUGAUCGAGUCGUCAUCUGCGGAAGUGCCAAUCUCAACGACCGAUCACAGGUCGGUAGCCACGACUCGGAAAUCGCCGUCGUCAUUGAAGACCAUACUCUAAUCGACUCGGUCAUGAAUGGCCAGGCAUUCCAAGCCUCAAAAUAUGCCACUUCCCUCCGACGCCAGCUCUUUCGAAAGCAUCUGGGGCUCCUUCCCUGGCAGGAUUGGGCCAAACCAGAUGCAAAUUUCCUGCCUAUCGACAAAGAUCCUAAUGUUUACGACUGGGGGUCCCCCGCGGAUCUUCUAGUGCGAGACCCCCUCUCCCGCGAAUUCGCCAAUCUUUGGGAUAUUACAGCCUCUACGAACACAGAGGUAUUUACCAAGGCAUUCCACUGCGUGCCGGCCGACAACGUCCGGAACUGGAAAGACUACGAGGCGUUCUUUGGGGAUCUAUUUGUCUCCCCUGCCGAUAAGAAAAAUGAGAAGGAGAAGCCGGGUCCUAAAUAUGCAUAUGGGCAUAUCGUGAAGGAUGAGUUUCCUGGCGGUACGGCAGAGUUAAAGGAUUGGUUGGAUCGGGUUAGAGGGACGUUGGUCGAAAUGCCACUGCUGUUUAUGGAUGAGGUAGAUUUUGCGGUGGAGGGCUUGAAGUUCAAUGUUUUUACAGAUGAAGUGUACACGUGA